GGUAAGUACGAAACGCAAGAAAGGGCUUGAGGUCGAGCAGCAAGCACCAGGAUGGUGCAUUAUCACUGCGGCCUGGGCCCGGACCGGGAAUCUCACUGGCAGAUCUCAGAUCAUACUCGAACGAAAUUGCCGCAACGUUUUUAUCCAGUACAUCUUCACCAACAAUGCCUUCCUACAUCACUGGCGACGAGCUUGGUUCAAUCAAGUCCGUCAAGUAUUCUCGAGUAGAGAAUGAGUGGAAGUCAACCAUUUCUGUGCUUUACAAUGAUCCAACCUCAGGAAAAGCCAAAGCUAUCCAGAAAUUAACGGCCUUCAAGCAAGACGACUCUGCCACCUUGGAAGCUUGCUGCUGCCAGAGCUGAUGGAUCGACAUCCGUCUUCACCCUUGCCGAGGAUGGUCCUAUCAUGGUAUCGGAAUGGAACGAACCCAGAUUGAAAGAGGGACAGAGAUUUGUUGGACUCGCUUCUUCGUCGAGUGGAAUUUAUACCUGCACUUCCAAUGGUGCACUUCGGUUGACUAAAGCCGGAGACGAUGUGACUACAGAGACCGGUGUACUUCCCAUGAGGCUAGCAGAGUGGAGACUAUCACCCGACCAAAAUACGUUUGCCUACACUGGUGACGAGGUCGAAUUAUCCGUUUGGGAUACCGAAAACGCGUUUACCGCUCAACCACAAGAAAGUUCUUCCAACGAGUCCCCAAAAAAGCGCAAAAGAAGCGAACAGCUGCUUCCAGGUGAAUCAUGGCGGGCGAGGAAUUUGCCUAAUGACUCCCUAAACUUGCGCCAACCGGUGCGCAACAACUGCCUCGCGUACCUGCAGCCAUCUAGUCAACCUCAGUUGCUCGUUGGCACUCAGUUUGGAGACGUGAGACGAUACGACACUCGUACCGCUCGUCGGCCUGUCGCCAAUUGGAAAGGAAUAGCGAAAGUGGGCGGUAUAGGUGUAGUUGAAAAGGGAUUAACAGAGAACGAAGUGUUUGUUGCCGACCAUGGUUGUAAUCUCUUCGCACUUGACUUGCGGAAUGGACAGGUAGCAUACGGAUAUAAAGGUCUUGCAGGUGCCAUUACCUCAGUUGGACCGUCACCAAUGUUCCUUGCAUCCGUCUCCCAGGAUCGCUUCCUUCGCCUGCACAGUACAUUCCCUCCUCCGAACGAGGUAGGAAAGCAGCAAGAACAGAAAGGAGAGGUCCUCGACAAGAUCUACAUGAAAGUUGUGCCUACCGCCGUCAUCGUUGAUCCCAGGGACGAGGAGGGUGAUGUCUCCCAGAAAGACGAGUCUGAUGCUGAGGAUGAAGAGGACAAUGUCUGGGAUGAGAUGGAGACUGCAGACAGUGAUGUUGAAGAGACCAAAGGCAGCAAGAGCACCAAAAAGCGAAAGUCGAGUUAGCUAUUCGCGACAUUCGUGAUUGCAUGAUCAUUCAAUGGUAUGCUAUGGAUACAGUCAAUGGAUUAAAAAGCCCAUACAGAUAUCAGAAAUAAAACAAUCAGUAACACUCCGUCAUUACUGGUUUCCAAUUUCACUCUUCC